AUGCUAUCCACCACGUUUGCUUUGGCUAUUGGCGCCAACCUCAUCGCUGCCCAGUCCGUUCCCUCCCGCCCCUCGUCUGAGCCCUUCGAAAUUGUUGAGUUGCCUCUCCCGCCCGUCUCGUCGAGCACAGAUGAGGGAUCCUGCACAUCCACCAUUAAUCCCCACGGCACUGGCCUACCGCCGCCGACGGCUCUGGAAAGAGUGGCAGCCCGCGCGAGCUCCGCAUGCACCCAGAUGAUGUGGAUGUCUGGAAUGCGAGGGAUCCCCCCGCUGAUCGACCUUGUUGCCGUAACAGUCGCUGCCUCCACGCGCAACAACGGCGUAAGACGUUUGUUCCAGCCCACUUUGAUCGACCGUCACGGCGACCGCGACGAUUACUACGGUCAGCGGGUCAAUGCGGGCGGCGAUGGCAGCGACGGUGCCGUUAACGACCCCAAUUGGAACGGCAGGGCGGACCCGGCCUUCUCCCUCGACGGCACAAAGAUCACUUACUGGCAAGCCCUUGUUUUCUCCCCUGCUUGCGGCGGUGAAAAUCCUCUCCCGUGCCCCAAGUCCACCGCCCAGGGCGGGCGCGAGUGCCGCGUAAUGCUGGCCCGCCGCACCGACCGCGAGCCCACGGAGCCCGCGCCAGUGUACGAUGCCGGCGACGAGAUCCCCUGGGCCGCGUCCUUUCCCCCGGGCUCGACCGUGCCCGACCAGUUCGCCGUCGCGCCCGGGGAGUAUACCGUGCGCGGCCGUGCCUCCGGCUUCGCCGACGUGAGCUACACGGCUGAUCCCAACACCGUGAGUGGCGUCGGGAGAGCGUCAGUCAACUAUACGGAUUUCUCCGACGACGGGGGUCACAUCCUGGAUGGUCACGAGGAUGUCACGGUCAAGAUACUGCUGCCUGACUUCUGGACAAAUGAAGUCGACUGGGUGUCUGACAUUGUGCAGACGGGCGUUGUCAAUGGGACCAAGAAGACGAGCCCCGGGGGCUUCCACUUGAUCAUCGACUCCGAGCAGAACUAUUUCAACGCCACUGGGACGACGUUGACCACCAUAAUUGAUGGGGUUGAGUACAAGCAGCCGGCUAACGGCACUUGA